AUGGGCAUGCUGAUGAAGGCGCUCUCCGAGGAGGAGGAGGGCCCAUUCAACCAGGACUUCCUGGCGAAGCUGAUCAUGGUGCUGCACUGGUGGGAGAACGAGGACUUCGACCUCUCCGACCCGCUGAAGCCCGUCCCCGAGGACGUGUUCCGGUCCUCGUUGGAGAGGACGAUGGCAGUCUCCGAGGAGGGCCUUUUCGUGAGUAGCCCGGACUCGCCCGCAUGGCUGGCGAAUAUGCCAGCGCACUCCAAGGACGUGUUCUGCGUGAACAUGUGCUGCCUCGACCAGGCGUUCCAGACCCAGGCCCUGGAUUUCAUGCUUCCAGCCUUCGCGCUCUUCCCAGAGAAGGACUACUGCAUCAUCACGCAGCCGCACACCGCCCCGGGCUCGCCCCUGCUGAGCGCCUUCACGAUCGUGCCCCCCAAGCCGCAGAACACGUUCGGGCACGUGCUCUACCUCAUCCACCGGGCCGCCCUGCUCGGCCCCCCGAGGGUGCGCUUCCUGCAGCUGGCCGACCUCGGCGCGGUGAGCAACCUCGUGCACAACCUGGAGAGUUCGAGACGCGGGACGACAUCACCAUCAAGUGUAACGCGUUCGUGGGCGCGCCAGAGGUGCCCAAGGCCGAGAUGUCGGAGCUUGCGAUGGUGGCCGAGUUCGACGGCCAGGUGGUGGGCCUCGUGA